UAACGUAAUGUAUCGCGAGACUUUAUCCAACGCAUCAAAACAGCAAGGACCAGAAAAUUAUUUGUUAUGGAGUUGUGAAGAAAUACGAGGAUUUAUAUUGUAGAAAGUUAUGUUUAAGCUAAUUAAUAUUGCCACUUAUUAUCAGUUAUGAACAGGAAACGGUCUCUUAUUUCAGACACAUUUAACUUGAAGAAAAGGAGAAAUGGCUCAGAAAAAUUUGGAGCGGUCAGUGACAAAGAUGGACCAACAGACAUUAAAUCCACCCUGGAGUACCUCAUGACACUGUUUCCUAGGAAGCUCUUCAAUGAUGCUUUGCCUCAAAUUGUGCUGAAGCACCAGCUGUACAGCAUACAUAAUGACAAGACUUUGGUUGACAAGGAAGUAAGUAAGCUGCGUGAGAGUGGAGAGCUGCUGAUGUUCCAGCUCGGAUUCGACGCAGAAGCUUUUGGGCUGAUUUUUUGUUCGGACUACAAGGCCAAAGUGCUGGCAGGCGAAGAGGGAAAGGCGACUCGAACAGCCGUGGAGAAGUUUUUGGAGAAAGUGGUGUCCUCGUGCACAGAUCUGAGCUUCAGCAAAGACAAGAUAUUGAGAGAGUUUCUCUUCACAGACUCUGAGAUAACGCUGCUGGUGAAAUCAGGGGUCCUGACUGUGAGGGAUGCAGGCAGCUGGUGGCUAUCCAUUCCUAACUCUGGCAAGUUCACAAAGUACUUCGUACAAGGUCGUAAAGCGGUGCUUGGCAUGGUGAAGAAGGCCAAAUAUAGUGAAGUGUUACAAGCAGACUUAGAGGAGCGACGAACAACAUCACAUGUGAAAUUCCCCAUAAAAUAUCACAUUCAUGACAUUGUAGGAGCAGAGCUGGUAGAAAGCAUACCUACAACUUCAGGAACUUUGUUGCGAUUUGUGGAUUCCUGAGCCGUUCCGAUGCUCACGACAACCAGUGAGCCAGCUGAACUAAGAAGGGGAGAAAUAAUUCAAGACGUCAAGAUGAAUUCUGUGCCAAAUUUUGUACAAACCCAUCUGAGUUAAUGAAUUGUCAAAUUUCUUGGCAUAACAUAUUUUUUCUUAAAACAUUAUUUGAAAUGUGACCCCCCCCCCCCCA